UCUUCAGCCCACAGCCCAUGUUUGGCCGAGCUGAAAACAGUUACACCUGCCACUUCUCCUUUGCAUGCAAACCCGCCACGUUUGCACAUUUGGCGCGCUCUCCCUCAAUCUCUCCUCUUCUCUGUUGAGCUUUUGUACUCUCUCUCUCUCUCUGUAUGUGAAGAAGAACUGUGAAAAUGAAGCCUGGGAGCCUUAUAGCAUCGGCAACCAUUAACUUUGGGCUAGCUUUGAUAGUUCUCUCACUCUUCUCCAUCUUCAAGAAACAGCCUUCAAAUGCCCCCAUAUACUACGCCCGUCGUCUCUCCAAACGACACCACAUUCCUUUUGAUCAUUCUUUCACUUUCUCUCGCUUCAUCCCUUCUGUUUCUUGGAUUCCUCGGGCAUUUCGAGUCACGGAAGACGAAAUCCUCCAAAUCAGUGGUCUUGACGCUCUCAUCAUCAUCAGACUCUUCAAGUUCGGUAUCAAUUUCUUUGCGGUUUGCUCGCUUAUUGGAUUGGUGAUACUUCUCCCUAUUAAUUAUGGAGGCCAAGAUGAGCCAUCAAGGGUCUCCCUUUCCAUGGAUUCUUUUACCAUAUCUAAUGUUAUUAGAGGUUCCAACAGGCUUUGGGUGCAUUUCACAUGCUUGUGUUUUGUAUCUUUCUAUGGACUGUACCUUUUGUAUAAGGAAUAUGAUGCAAUUUUGGUUAAAAGGAUCCAACGACUUCGGGACUUAAGACAUCGACCUGAUCAAUUUACUGUUCUUGUGCGGCAAAUUCCCUUAUGUCUUGAACACAAGGGUUAUGACUGUUCUGUCGAUCACUUCUUCUCUAAAUAUUACCCUAAAAGUUAUCAUUCCCAUCAAAUGUUAUAUGAUGGAAAAGAGAUUGAAAAUCGUCUGAAACAGGCAAAAUGUGUUACAAAGAAGAUUGAGGAAUUGAGAGGGAGGUCCACAGUCAAGAAGCAUGGGAAAGAAUGCUUACUCAAUGACUCAACAACAGGAGAAGAUUUUCUGAAAAUUACCCUGCUUGAGGAAAAGGUUCAAGAAAUUUUUCAUGAGAUUCGCCAGAUACAGGGUGAACAUAUGCUGAAAGGAAAGGAGUUGCCUGUUGCCUUUGCCACUUUCAAGUCCCGAUGUGGUGCUGCAUUAGCUGCCCAAUCUCAGCAGAACUCACAUCCGCUUAUAAUGAUCACUGAAAUGGCUCCACAGCCAAAGGACGUCUCAUGGAGGAGUCUGGCAAUUCCGCUUAAAUUUAUGCCACUUUACAAAAUUGGAAUCAUUGUUUUAGCGUCACUCCUUACGAUUUUCUUUGCAGUCCCAGUCACAGCUGUUCAAGGAAUAGCUAAAUUUGAGAAAUUGAAGAAAUGGUUCCCUCCAGCCAUGGCCAUAGAGCUAAUACCAGGAGUAAGCUCCAUCCUGACAGGUUUUCUUCCAAGUGCUGUUCUGAGAGGAUUUUUAUAUAUUGUUCCCCUUGCAAUGCUUGGCAUUGCUCAAAGAGGUGGUUCCAUCUCAAAAAGCAAGGCAGAGAUAGAAGCUUGCAAUAUGGUUUUCUAUUUUCUAGUGGGAAAUGUAUUCUUUUUGAGCUUGAUAUCAGGGUCCUUACUUGAUGAAAUUGGAGAAUAUGUCUCUCAUCCUAAGAACUAUCCUAGUCAUCUUGCUAGUGCUGUCUCUGCCCAAGCUGAUUUCUUUAUGACAUACAUCUUGACAGAUGGGCUAUCAGGAUUUUCGUUGGAGAUCCUUCAGCCUGCCUUGUUCUUAUGGGAUUCUAUAGUUUUACAUACAUGUGGCCGAGGGAAGGACGAGAAUCCUUAUCUUUAUUCACUACCCUAUUAUAGAAUCAUCCCUUCUGUCUCCCUAUCAAUACUGAUUGGCAUGGUAUAUGCAGUUGUCUCACCUUUUCUGCUGCCAUUGCUCGUUGGCUACUUCUGUCUAGGCUACAUGGUUUAUGUCAACCAGAUUGAAGAUGUAUAUGAAACCGUUUAUGAGACAUGUGGACGAUAUUGGCCGUACAUUCAUCACUAUAUAUUCAUCGCUAUAAUCCUUAUGCAAAUUACCAUGAUUGGCCUAUUUGGACUGAAGUCAAAACCAGCAGCUUCCAUAGCAACAAUUCCUCUCUUAUUGAUGACUAUAGCAUUCAACGAGUACUGCAAGAUCCGUUUUCUUCCUACAUUUUGCCAUUACUCUAUUCAGGAUGCUAGUAAACAUGAUGAGCUAGAUCAGAAGAAUGGUCAGCUGAAAGUGAAUUAUGAGCAGGCCAGCAAUGCAUACCGCCCACCUAGUUUACAGCCAGUAACCUUAACAGUUUCUUCAUUACAAAUUUAAUCUGAUGUAUCUCUGCCAUUCAUUCUCAUCGUUUCUCUUAUUUUGAUUUUUUUGUUUCAUUUGUGUACAUUUUUAUUUCUCUUUUGAAAGUUUCUUGUACUUUGUGGCACUUUUUGUGUUAUUACUGCUUAUCAGAAGCCUUCCUCAAAAUCCAAGGAUGCCAAGAAUAGUUUCAUUUCUGAUUACAA